GUUGUGUGCAGCAUUACGAAUAUUGCGUACGCACACUGCUGGUGUAGUAACGUAACAAUGGCGGACACGGAGCAAAAUGAGGCAGACUCCGCUCAGCUGCACCAGGAGGCAGCCGAGAAGAAACAAGCUGAUGGCGAACGUGUGCCCUCAACUGACGACGUUUCUGACAAGGCAGCAAAGAAUGAAGCAGACAGCGACGCCAAACCCUCAACCACUACUGACCGACACAUCUCUAUCCAAACUAAACUGGAAGAUCUUGAGAUGCUGGUGGACCUCAAUGGUGCAGGACGUAAGUCCUGUCCUCUGUGUCCGGAGGAGAAGUUUAAAGCGUGUUACAACCACAAGCUGCGGAGACACCUGCAUAACCUCCACUGGAAGGUCUACGUGGAAUUUGAAGGCCAGAAGAUGUGCAUCUGCCAUCUGCCUUGUAGAAAUCCAAAACCAAGCCUGAGUGGAGAGCAGGAAUCCUCGCAGGUGUCGGGGAGACACGUGGCCCACUACCACUGUGUGGUGUGUUCGGUCACCAUCGCACGCAAGACGGACAUGGUCAGCCAUUUGAAACGCCACAUCAACAAGGGAGAGACAAAGUCCAGCUACCCGGGCAGUUCGGAUGUUCUGCUGGAAGAGCCCGCAUCAUCUGGUCAGGUGUAUGAAAUCAUGAAAGAACUGGACACAAAUGUGCAGCUGCUUCCAAUGUACAACACGCCUCAGAAAAGUGACACGUACUUCAACCGCAAGAUGAAGAGCAACAGACAGCUGGUGUUCUGCUCGCUGGCAGCUCUGGCUAAAGAGAGGAACCGUCUGGAGUGUUUAGACGCUUUCGGAGCCACAGGUAUCGCAGGCUUGCAGUGGGCGAAGCAUCUUCACAACGCAGUGAAAGUGACCAUUACGGAUAUCAGUGAGAUCUGUGUGAAAAUGAUCAAAGAAAACUGCCAACUCAAUCAAAUCCAGGUGGACAGAGGCUCGGAGGGACCGGAGUGUUGUGAAGACGCUCCGGGUGAAGUCGAAGGAGAAGCCGCCACGGCGGUGGAAGUGGUCAAGAUGGACGCCAAUGUCAUGAUGCACUUGCGGGCCUUCGACUACAUUCACUUGGAUCCCUUUGGCACGGCCGUCAAUUACUUGGACGCUGCUUUCAGAAAUGUCCGAAACAUGGGCAUCGUCUCGGUGACGUCCACCGACACCGGCUCGCUUUACGCAAAGUCGCCCAAUGUCACCCUCCGACACUACAGUACUCACAUCGUACGCACGGAGUACUACAAAGAGCUGGCUGCACGCAUAGUUCUCGCCACAGUGGCUCGAGCAGCUGCCCGCUGUAACAAAGGCAUCGAUGUGCUGCUGGCGGUGGCACUGGAGCAUUUCGUCUUGGUGGUGGUUCGAGUCCUCCGAGGUCCCACGCAAGCUGAUGAGUCGGCAAAGAAGCUGAGGAAACUAGUCCACUGUCAGUGGUGUGAGGAUAGAAUCUUCCUCAAACAAGGCAACCUGGUGGACGGAACGUUGCCAUGCAACUGUCAUGGAAGCCUGCCUGGAAAGACGGCCGUGCAGCUGGGACCGUUAUGGUCCGGUGCUUUGUUCAACACGGGCUUUCUGAGGAAGAUGCUGUUGGCGGCCACGCAGCACAGUAUGGACAACAUCCAGACGCUCGUCAAAACUCUGAUUUGUGAGUCCGAGUGCACCACCCUGAAGCCGGUGAUCCACGGAGCGCCUGCGCUCGUCAACCAGGUAGAGUGUGGCGUCAUCAUUAGGACCUUACAGAGUGAGGAGGAGGCGUGUCCUGCUGACUCGUCCGGAAAGAGGAAAGCGGGCGAGGAGUCAAGCAACGCUGUAAAGAAGCUCAAGUCUGACGCGUCCCUGGAACAUCCGCCAUUUUAUUACAGCAUCCAUCGCCACAGCAUGCGUGGCAUGAACAUGCCUAAGUUGAAUAAGUUUCUCCAGUACCUGAGAGAAGCUGGUUUCAGGGUGAGUCGCACUCACUUUGACCCAACUGGGGUUCGAACAGAUGCCACGCUGGAGGAGUUUAAAUCCGUCUUGAGCAAGUACAGCAUUCCCUCGUGUCCCAGCCAGGUUUGUGCCGCUCAGGCCAGUGUCAGCCAAGACUCAACCAUGUGAACGACUAGCAGUCCGCAUUUGAACAAAAGCCAUUGAAGUACGAGCAGUACUAAAGUCCUAAAUGUGUUUUGUUUUUUGUGUUCCUGGCAAGCACUGAUUUUCAGAGCAUUGCGUUGAUUGCAACUGGACUGUUCAGAUUGUCUUGGAAAACGUUUCGCCUCUGAUCCGAGCAGGCUUUAUCAGUUCAUGCUCAGACUUAGAUUGGACGGAUCGCGUCUGGGCGCUUGAUCCCAAGUAUUUAUCCUCUACAGGAGGAGCGUUCCCCGAAAAGAAUGAUUUUGCUUGGGAACUAUAACAGAUAAUAAAUACUUUAAGUCAGUUCAAUCCUAAAUCUGUGGGCAUAAACUGAUGAAGCCUGUUUGAAUUAAAACGUCAAAGACAAGUUGCCAUCCAUUCAAUGGCCAGAGAACACAAUAAUGUGGAUGAAUGACAAUAUUCAGAUAUAAGCUCACCUAAUUGAUUUUUGUUUCUGUUUGAAAAAAUAGUUUUGUAUUUUGUUAUGUCAUAACAUAUUUUUGCUUCAUGAUAAUAAAAUGGUUGUGCAAAAAC